AAAAAAAACGAAAAGAAUAUCACGUUUUCAGAAUUUCCUUCCAAAAACACUCGUUAUUUUUCUUUCUGCUCUCCCGCUCUUCUCUUCACCUUUCGACAAAACCAGAGCAGUCCAUCUCUUUAGUCGACAGCCGACGAUCGACUCCCACUCUCAGCACCUCUUAAACUGCCUGCCCCUGUUCUACUUAUACUCUGCCAUUGGCACAAGGACCAUUUUUGUUGCUUGGCUAUACUGAGUUUGAAGAUAUGCCAAAGUGUAAACAUGGGUGUUUAUUGAUCAAACAAUCUUGUGUGUUCAUGCUUUCUUACUUGAAUUCUAUAUAAAAUUAUAUUUGCAACACUCUAGCAUGAGCGCCCAGUAAGAUAAGAAAUUGGAAACCAGUAGAAAGAAAGAAUGACAGGCGAUCUUUGCGAUUUUGAAAGUCCCAGACAAUGGCGGUUCACUUGGGAAGCUCAGUCUCACAUCCCAACUUUAAGGCUUUUCCUAUUCGAUCCUCAGACUAGACCCUUAGUACAAUGCAGGAAUCUCAAGGUCAACGUCAGUCUUUCACAGUCACUGGUUAUGGUCACUUGGUUUGAUGAUAAAGAAGUCUCACUUAGGGUUCCUAUUCCUAGGGUUUUGAUCGAUGAUGAAUCUCCCGUGAGGUUUACAGCAUUUGAUGACCACAUAGAAGUCAAGCUUGUUCUUCUUCUCCCUGUGGGUCAUGCUAUUGUUUCCGGCUUCGACUCGAUACUGAAUUUUUCUGGCGAUGAUGAGAAUCUGAACUUGGAUGCUUCAACCCCUCUUUCUGUUGACUCGGAUAUAAGGAAUCUGUCAUCUAGUGAAGGAGUUCAUUUUUACUGCCAAAAUUGUGAAUUUAAAUUAACAAGAAGCCCUCUAAGAAAUUUUUCGGAAAUGCCAUCGGUUAACUGGCGUGAGGUGGCUGACAACUGGUUUGGAGCUUGCUGCUGUUCAUUUGGAGGAAUAAGUGAGAAGUUGGUCACUAAGUUUACUAAUUCGUACUCAUGCAUGAAGGGCAUGUGCCUUGUUAACUUUGCUACCAUUGUUGUUUGUAAUGAGGAUCUUGUUGGGUGUAAUCUCUCUGACCUCGGUGGGGAUGAAUUUCAUGGAGUUGAAUCAGAUUUAAUUGGUGACAUUGGAUUUGAUGAAUCUACUGCAACCUCAGUCAGUGAUCCUGUUAUUGAUGAGGAAUCUAAGGAUAAGAAUAUUAAGGAUGAAGAGUUUGGUGCCAGUAUUGUUUGCAAAGAUACUGCUGAAGAAAGUAACCUUGAACGAUUAUCUCAUUUGUGUUUAGAAUCAAAUUUGGCUGGAAAUGAGGAACUAGAACAGGGAUGUUGCACACAUCAUGUAUCCGAAAAAUUGUUGAAUAAUGAGAAACUUAUUGAAAGUACGAAGAUAUCAGAAAAUCAGAAGUCGUUUCUUAAUGGGUUCCUUGGUAACAUUUUUAUGAUUAGAUCAUCUAAUCUCUCAAAAGAGGUUGAGUGGGUUGAGUAUUUUUGCCCUCAAUGUUCAACUCUCCUUGGAGCUUAUCCUUGUGCUAAUGGCUCUGCCCCUGUAGAUGGUGGGGUUCGGUUUUUUAAAUGCUAUUUAUCUACCAGCUUGCCAGCUGGAGAUUCCAAAGAUUUCUUCAGGGGGUACACAUUGGAAAAACUGUUUUCAACUCAGCUACUUGAUUGUGCAAAGGAUGAAUUGUCAUUCCGAACUGUGGCUAGAGAUCUGAAAACCCGAGUUCCUAUAUUGCAAGUUGUUCUAACAAAUUCAAAUUCAUGGUCCUGUACUGGUUAUUGUUCGAGCACAACGAGUUGCAUGGAACCAGCACCGAAGCUUGAUCUACAACCUGUCAUCAAGGUGCUGUUCUCAGAAUGCAGCAAGUAUACAGAAUCUGAAAUAAGGACAAUGGAAGAUCAGAUAAAAAAUGAUUUAGCCGGUGAAGUUUUCAUGCCAAGAUGCCAAAUAGAAGAUAUUGUUGAAUCUCUAGUCUCAGCAAAGAAUGCACUUCCGCAUUCGUGCUCUUCCUUGCAGGGUUUAUCAUUAUCGUCUAUGCAUAUAUAACUGGACUGUUCGUAUUACCAGAGCUUUUAGUUUUGUCGCAUUACAAGUAGCCAGAACCAUUGAGGAUUCCAGAUUUUGGGAAGAAUGUGAUGCCUAGAAUUUAAGGCAGCAGACCUUGAACUAGAUUCCAUUAUUUGACAGAGGUGAACUGAAUUUAGUUAGCGUCUGAUUUGUGGAGUAAUAUUUAACAGUGAGCAGAAAAAGAUAUAUUCACAAGAUAUCUGCACAAUCAGUGAUUAAAGUUCUUUGUGAUGACUUUUUUCUUUAAUAUCAUAUCAUAUGACAUUAAAUUUUGUAGAAGAGCAUGAAAGCUCGAUAGAACCAUACUUAAAAGAGGGCCAACCUGCAUUCUUCCUCAAGUAUACAGAAAAGGGCUUAAUUUUCUUUCCAGAUUGUUGUACUUGAUUCUGCUGGACUCUGUAAAUCAUUGGCUAAUUCCCACUGUUUUUUGAUUGUUGCAACAUCACCCACUGCCAAUUGGUUUUCUUGUUUGUUGGAACUUGGAUUUUGCUGAUAAUUUUGUGAGGUCUUAGAAAAACAAAAAUGUUCUCUGCGAGUACUAUAAAAUAUUAUUUGAAGCUUCUUUUUCCUAAUCUUUUUUAUCAAUCUUUUUUUUUUCUUAAUUAUAUCAAAUUUUAACCAUCAUUUCUAAGUUUGCUACUUCGUACUCAUGCACGAAGGGUGCGUGCCUUGACUUUGUACCAUUGUUGGGUGUAAUUUCUGACCUUGGUGGGAGAAAUGAUCAUUUUUGAUAUCCUGUGUUAUUAUGCAUUUGUAUUUCAGUUCCUUUGUAGUAUAUAAAUAUUUACAUUAAAUCAUAAGUGGAUAUGAUUAAGAUCUUUUAUAUAUAGUUAUUAAAUCCUAAAUCUAAACAUGCCUGCUUACAAAAUUGUACCUUCCAAUGCUGCUUCAGCUUUUUUCACAACGCAAAUGCCUUUGAUUUUGAAGGCAAAAAAGAUGGGCCAACCUGCAUUCUUCCUCAAGUAUACAGAAAAGGGCUUAAAAAAAAAACUAAAUUUACCC